CCCCCUCCUGCUCCUGCUCCUAGGACUAUAUAUAACUCCCAUCCUCUCCCAUUCUCGCCAUUACGGACACACCAUCUCCCUCUUUCUCUCCCGCAACCGUCCAAGACUUGCAACAGCUCGCCGCCCGCAGCAACGUGACACAGACGCCGCAUCGUGUGAGGAGAGGAGAGGAGGCAGGCGGCAUGAAGACGAGGCGCGGCGCCUGCUACUCCUGCCAUGACCCGGCGGCCGAGGCGCCGGAGAUGCACCGCCGGAAGAGGCGGAGGACGGCCAUGGAGACGGCGGGGUGCGCUGGCGCUGCCGUCGGAGACUUGUUCGAGGACCUGCCGGAUGAUCUGCUGGUGUCCAUACUUGCUGAUGUGGCCGCGUCCGCCCGCUCGCCGGCCGACCUCGCCGGCGCCAUCAUGACGUGCAAGAGAUUCAGGGAGUUGGGCCAGAACAAGGUUGUCCUUGCCAAGGUGUCGCCGCGGUGCCUCGCCGUCCGGGCCAAAAGCUGGUCCGACUCCGCCCACCGCUUCCUGCAGCGCUGCGCGGACGCCGGGAACCUCGACGCAUGCUACCUUCUUGGCAUGAUCCGGUUCUACUGCCUGGGGAGCCGGGGGUCGGGAGCGGCGCUCAUGGCGGCGGCGGCGGUCGGUGGCCACCGGGAGGCGCUCUACUCGCUGGCCGUCAUCCAGUUCAACGGCAGCGGUGGCAGCAAGGACGACCGCGACCUCCGAGCGGGCGCUGCGCUGUGCGCGCGCGCGGCGUCGCUCGGCCACGUCGACGCCCUCCGCGAGCUCGGCCACUGCCUUCAGGACGGCUACGGCGUGCGCCGCUCCUUGCUCGACGGGCGCCGCCUCCUCAUCCAGGCGAACGCGCGGGAGCUCGCCGCCGCGGUCACCACGUCGGCCUCGCUGCUCCGCGCGGCAGCCGGCAGCGGCAAGGCCUCCAGGAGACACUCGUGCCUGCUCAGCGACUUCGGGUGCCGCGCCGCGGCCGCCGCGGCCGGCGAGGCGCAUGCCGCCAACCGGUUCCUCGUCGAGUGGUUCGCGUCGCAGCCGCUGGGCGCCGAGAGCAGCCCAGCGCCGGCGCCGGCGCCGGCGGCAGCGGAGGAGGGCGGGGGGCUGCGGCUGUGCUCGCACGCGCUGUGCGGUCGGCCGGAGACGCGGCGGCACGAGUUCCGGCGGUGCUCCGUAUGCGGCGUGGUGAACUACUGCUCGCGCGCAUGCCAGGCGCUGCACUGGAAGAUGGCGCACAAGGCCGAGUGCACGCCCAUGGACCGGUGGCUCGACGGCGCCAACGCUAACCCCAACCCCAAUGCCGUCGCAGGCGCAGGCGACGCCGCCGUGGUCGCUCCGGCCCUGUAACCGUCGCCGUGUCCUAGCACCGGACUCGGCUCCCCUGACGUACUGCAGGGCGCAGUUGGGUCAUUGACAACUUGCUUUCGGGCCCACCUGUCCCGUUUCUUUUAUUUUUCUGGCCAGUUCUUUUUUCUUUUUUUUCCCGCACCCUUCUCUGUACAUGGUCGCUGCGGUAAAGGUUAGCCGAGUCUGGUUACUUGCGAAUUGUUUUUAUUAUUAAGAAGAAAAACUUUUAUUAA